CCUCAAUUACCAAUGUCAGCUAACAAUUUUUGGAUUUGUAGUUAGUCUUACCAGCUAUCUAAACUAGUAAUCAUGGCCGAAUACUAACCGGGCACGCAGGGCUCUGACCUCCAGGAGACCCCCAUUGAUUUUGUUAGUCAUUCUCACUCAGAUAUCAUAUUAACAUGGCAUAAGUCAUUACACAAUGUGUAGAAUUCAAGGAAAUUAGCUUUGAAACAGCAACAAAAAAAAUCUCUGCCCCAUGACAAAAUGACUAGAAUAUUAUGAAAUGUGUUAUACAAUUGCAGUUUUCUCUACACCCCGUGGGAAAAUGUGUAGAAUUGCAGGAAAUCAACUUAAAAACGGUACAUUAUUCUCUCCACUGUCAAAUUUGCCAUGAGGUGGGCCCCCCCCCCCCAACCAACAGUUGCUUAGGGCCCCCAGAAUGCUAGAGCCUGAAAAUAGUAUGUGAGGAAAAACAUCAGCAGAGACUUCAGACAGGCAUGUCAAAUAUCAACGCUGUCCCUUUAAGAGCAAAGAUAUGCUAAGAGCAGAUCAGAGAGGAGUUGAGUGAUGUCACUUUGCGGAAGUGAAAGUGAAAUAUAGAUGAGGAAACUGUGCACAGAAACAAACAUUCUCCUGUUCCUCGCAAAGAUAACAUUACAGCAAAGAGUCUACCUUUGUAGAGAAAUAAAAGGAAAAGACAAGCAUUCAGAAAUGGCGUCCUCUAGCAGUCUCCUGUCUGAAGAUCAGUUCCAGUGCUCUAUCUGUCUGGAUGUGUUCACUGAGCCAGUCUCCACUCCAUGUGGACACAACUUCUGCAUGGCCUGUAUCAGUGGAUACUGGGAUACCACUGACCUGUGCCAGUGUCCAAUGUGUAAACAAAUAUUCCACCUAAGACCAGAGCUAAAAACCAACACAGCAUUCCGAGAUGUUGUAGAGCAUUUUAAGACGAUCAGAAUCAGAGACACAGAUGAGUCCCCUGCCGAGGCUGGAGAAGUGUCCUGUGACGUCUGCACUGGGACAAAGCUCAAGGCCCUGAAGUCCUGCCUGGAGUGUCUGACUUCUUUCUGUGAGACUCACCUGCAACCUCAUCAGAGAGUCACAGGCCUGAAGAGACACAACCUGAUCAACCCUGUGGAGAACCUGGAAGACAGGAUGUGUAAGAAGCAUGACAGACUGCUGGAGCUGUUCUGUAGGACCGACCAGACGUGUGUGUGUCAGUUCUGCAAUGAGACAGACCACAAGACUCACCACACCGUCCCUCUAGUGUUAGAGUGUGGAGAGAGGAAGGCUCAGCUGGGGAAGAUGGAGCGACAGAUACGGCAGAUGAUCCAAGAGCGACUAGAGAAGGUUCAGGAGGUCAAACAUUCAGUAGAGCUCAACAAGAAAGACGCAGAGAGAGAAAUAGCAGACAGCCUGCAGGUCUUCACUGCUCUGGUGCACUCCAUUCAGAGAAGCCAGGCUGAUUUCAUUGAGGUGGUUGAGGAGAAGCAGAAAGCAGCAGAGAAUCGUGCUGAUGGGCUCAUUAAAGAGCUGGAGCAGGAAAUUACAGAGCUACAGAGGAGAAGCACUGAGCUGAAGCAGCUCUCACACACUGAGGACCACCUCCUCCUCCUCCAGACCUUCCCAUCCCUGUGUACCCCCAAACACACAAAGGACUGGUCUGAGGUCAGUGUUCACAGUGAUACGUGUUUGGGGGGACUGAGGAGAGCUGUGUCUCAGCUGGAGCAGACUCUUCAUGAAGAACUAGCGAGAGAAGUGAGGAAGUUGUGUGAUGUUGAGCUGAAGACAAUUCAGCAGUGGUCAGUGGAUGUGACUCUGGACCCUGAUACAGCAAAUCCAUUCCUCAUCUUGUCUAUGGACCGGAAACAAGUGAGAUUUGGAGGCACAUGGCAGAAACUCCAUGACAAGAUAAAUAAAUUAUAUCACCCAGAGAGGUUUGUGAAUAAUCUCUCUGUCCUGGGAAAAGAGGGUUUCUCCUCAGGGAGAUUCUACUAUGAGGUGCAGGUGAAGGGAAAACCUGAGUGGCUUUUAGGAGUGGCCAGGGAGUCCAUCAACAGGAAGGAUGCCAUAAAUAUGAGCCCUGUCGAUGGCUUCUGGUCUGUGUAUAUGAGGGGUGAGAAUAUCUAUGAGGCCUACGCCUCUCCCCAUGUUCCCCUCUCCCUGAGAGAGAAGCCCCAGAAGGUGGGGGUGUUUGUGGAUUAUGAGGAGGGUCUGGUCUCCUUCUAUAAUGUGGAGGCCAGGUCUCAUAUCUAUUCUUUCACUGGCUGCACCUUCACUGAGAAACUAUUUCCAUGUUUCAACACCUGUGAUGAGGAACUUGGUCCAAACUCAGCCCCAUUCGUCAUCUGUCCUGUCAAUCACGCAGACUGAAUGUAAUGUUGUAAUUUAGCACAUGCUUUUAUCUGCAAUUAGUAUGGAGAUGUAAUCCUAUGGCGCAUUGAUGAGAAUAAAUAACAUUUGAAGUAAUAUGGUGUUGUUUAUGUGUAUGGUCUAUAGAUCAUGGGGAUGUACUGGGUUAAAAUAUUACUAUAGAACUAUAAUGUGGAGGCCAGGUCUUAUAUCUACUAUUUUACUGGCUACACCUUCUCUGAGAAACUUUAUCCGUACUUCAAUCCCUGUGAUA